ACAUCAUCCUGUAGCCCACAUCUCUGCCAGCACCUCUCCGCCUUGCCCCUCUCCCAGAAAAACAACCCUUUUACCACCACCUCUCCAUAUUCUCCAGAGGCGGUUCCAGCUACUAGACAAGUUGCCCAACAUGUCGCAGGCACACGCAUUGUCCGAUGACCAGGUGGCAGGGGAGUUGAAGAAGAUGACGGCCUUCAUCAAGCAAGAAGCCAUUGAGAAAGCCCGCGAGAUCGAGAUCAAAGCCGAUGAGGAAUUCGCCAUUGAAAAGUCGAAGCUCGUCCGCCAGGAAACCUCCUCGAUCGACACUCAGUACGAGAAGAAGUUCAAGCAGGCCGCCAUGUCGCAGCAAAUCACCCGCUCGACCGUUGCGAACAAGUCGCGGCUAAAGAUCCUGACUGCGCGCCAGGAGCUGCUAAACGACCUGUUUGACCAGGCAAACAAGAAGCUCGAGGGAUAUACCGAGGACAAGUCCAAGUACCAGGAGAUUCUCAAGAACUUGACUCUCGAGGGCCUGUAUGCGUUGAACGAGCAAAAGGUCCAGGUGCGGGCCAAGCCGGCCGAUUACGAUGUCGUCAAAAAGGCCCUGGACGAGGCCGCCAAGGAGUUCAAGGAGAAUGUCGGCAAGGAGGUUACGGUUACGGUUGACGAGAAGAACCCUCUGCCGGAUGGAAGCGCCGGUGGUGUUACCAUUGUCGGAGGUAACGGCAAGAUUGACAUCAACAACACUUUCGAGGAGCGACUAAAGCUUCUCGAGUCCGACGCUCUGCCCGCUGUGCGGACUACUCUCUUUGGCAAGAACGAAAACCGCAAAUUCUACGACUAAAUCCCAUGCCGCUCAUACCCGUAUGUUACAUCUCGCAUUGCCUUGUUUGUCGGAAGCAUUUUCUCAACAUAUCAUUUACUGAGGUUAUUCAGACAUCACCCGCAAGUGCGACGACAAAGUUUGUUUCGCGCUUCGGCGCCCUCUCAUUCUUGCUUGCUUGCUCUGUACAUUCUUGAUUGUAUUCCAGCGCGCUCUGUAGAAUCUGUAAUAGUAUCCAUGCAAACAUAUCUGGUAUCAUAUUC